AUGGAAGAGAUUCCUUUUGUUCCUAUGCUUUUUCUGCAGAACGGCACCAUCAAGCCCUGGGGGAUCAUCCACUCUAAAAUGCAACAUUUUCUCCAGCAGGUCUUGGAUAAAUACUAUCCAAGCUAUAAACAUAGUUUUACUCCUGAGCAGCUAACAUAUAUAACCGUUCACACUUUCUCGGUAGUUAAAUAUAUUCAGAUCUAUUUGACUGUGGUCCAAAAAUGGCUUCUUUUGGGAGCCAAAUUUUUUUCUGCUAAGGUCACAGGAAUAGAUAAAGAUGUGCCCAUCACAUAUGUGUCUUUGAUUUAUACGCAGUGUUUAAAACUGACCUACUCGUAUUCCUCUGUCCUGACCUUUGGAGGCUGUCACUAUAACUUUAUGGUUGUAGUCAAUCAAGUAAAGGACAGACAUUCUGCUGAAAAACUACUUUUUAGAACGGCAGCCAUAAAGAUCGUUGAAGUUUCUCUCAUUAUUGCCAGUUAUAUUAGCGACUCUUCAUCAACCCACCUACCUCCAACAUUGCCUGCUCAAAGCAUACAUUCUCCAUACACUACAUCAUGUAGCAACUCAAAAGCCAAUCUUUCUUUCCUAGCCUGCCACAGAUCUCUAAGGGGCCUAUGCUGCUGUAAGGGCUGUUUCAAUGGUUUGACCUAUAGUUGUUUUGACACAUGAUCAAUAGAAGACUUCUAUGCUUUCACUGACUAUGUGCUCUGUUAAAUCAGGAAGGCUCCAAGUCUUCUUAAUGGUGAACUACAAUUUCCAAAAAGCUUAAGGCAGGAUAAAGGUACUUUUCACUGUUUUUGUUCCUGUUACUUUCUGUUUUAAAAUCUGCAUUUCCUUCUGAAGCAUAUCCCCAAAUCCAUCUCCUCAAAUGGCAUCAGAGAUUCCCCAUUCUUUCACAAUCGUCUCAAAGUUGCUGAUUUCACAGCAUGUUUAUAUACACUAAGUCUAAUCUCUUUAGGUUCUUGUUUUCUAAAUGUUGCAUCUGGCAUCAGGCAACACUCCCCGCUGCUAGAAUCUUCCUACUAAUUUUUAUAAUAAUUUGAUAUUCAUAUCAUGUUCCCUAUCAGAAUUUUUCAGCUAUUAAUGUUUUCCUGAAUAUGCAUAAAUCUGCUUUUGACCUGCAAGCUUUUCAAGGCAAAAAAGUCUUACUUAGGGACAAUAAUUUCUUUGGGGAAA